AUGCCCAUUACUUGUAUCACAGAACGUGUAACUUCAAAUUUGCCCAUCGUUUCAUUCAAUACCGAAAACCUUUCCAUUCCGUCAGACAUCUGUUUAGCGAAUCCAGAUUUCAACAAAAGUCGUCCUGUUGAUUUAUUAUUAGGGGCUGAAGUAUUUUGGGAUUUAUUGUGCGACGAUCGCAGGAGACUGUCGAAUCCUAGCUUGUUCCUUACAAAAACAUUGUUAGGUUGGGUAGUUGGGGGAGCAUCUUAUAAUUUAGAGAGUUCGGGACGAUCCGGAAAUCGAGUCGCGAACCUGGCCAUAAAGGAUGAAAGCGACGAGCUUCAAAGAGUCAUGGAAAAAUUCUGGAUUCAGGAAGAAAUCCCGGAAUCCAAGAAAAAGUGGUUCAAAGAGGAAAUAGAAUGUGAAGAACAGUUUAGAAACACGUACAUGCGUGAUCCAUCGGAAGGUAGAUUUGUCGUGAAGUUACCAUUCAAGAAAGGAAACGUAGAAUUACGUGACUCAAGCGGAGUUGCGCUCAGAAGGUUCUUGUCAUUGGAAAGGAGAUUCAAAAGGGAUCGUAAACUCAAAGAUUUGUACGCCAUGCAAGAGCUCAUUCAGUCGAAUAUCGUGGAAAGAGCACCAGAAGGUGAAGUCGCUCAUAAUACCACUUACUAUUUGCCACAUUCGGGCAUAGUAAAAGAAGCCAGACAAAAGGUAAAGAUACGAAUAGUGUAUGAUGGUUGGGCAAAGUCGACCAACAGGUUGAGUCUAAACGACAAUUUGAUGACGGGCCCUAAUUUGCAAACAGAAUUAUUUUCUCUGCUCAUACGCUUCAAGAUGCAUCAAAUUGCCUUCUCAUUCGACUUGGAGAAAAUGUUUCUACAGGCCAAAAUAAAUCCUGAAGACACGAAUUAUCAGAGAUUUUUCUGGUAA